CAAGGAAGAAGACCGACCAACGCCUCAGCCGGCCCUCGCGGCAACCCCCCGUACCGACGAACUGGUUACACUUCGUAUGCGAUAGCGCGGAGGAAGUCACGUCGAUAUCCACGCUGUGGAUAGUCGACAGCAAAGUGGAAAGAGAUGAUGGCUAGCAUGCCGAUUGGUCCCUCCUUUUCGCCGCACCCUGGCGGAAUGCAGCAACAUCCGGGAGCUCCUCCCGGUCACCACAUGGCUCCGGGCAUGGCCCACAACCCCAGCCAGCCCGGCGCAACUCCCGCCAUGGCUCAUCAGAUGGUGGCACACUUAGGUGUCUCCGGCCCCGGCCCCCAGAUGAGCGCCGGCGCUCUCAUGGGCGGAAUGCCGCCCGGCACUCCCAACGCCCAUGUUGCCAUGCAGCAUUUGAACCCCCAGCAGAUGGCAGCAUACCAACAACAAAUCAAUGGGAUGGGCUUUCCCAACAACCCAGCCAUGCAACAGCAGUUGCAGCAAGUUAGGCUGCAGCAGCUGCAGCAAGCGCAACACCAGAGAAUCAUGCAGGCUCAGCAAGCUCAGGCUCAGUACGGUAACCUGGGAGGCAUGCCAAUAGGUGUCCCCGGCAUGGGCCAGAUGAACCCUCAUAUGGCCCAGUUAAUGCAGAGGCGCGCAAUGGGUGCCCCAAUGCCAAUGACCCAUCAGAUGCAACAGCAUCUAGCGCAACAGCACCAGGGGCAGGGGAUGAAUCCGAAUCUCAUAGCCCAACAGAUGGCGAUGCAGCAGCAGCAGCAGCAGCAGCAGCAAUUACAACAGCAACAACAACAGCAACAGCAGCAGCAGCAGCAGCAGCAACAACAACAACAACAGAUGGCCCAGCAGGGAAACAACCCCGGCCAGCACCAGAUCAACCCCCAAGGUCCAGGCCUCAACAUGCAAGCUCAGCUGGCCGCUCUUCAUACGCAACAGGCCCAUGCCCAGCAGUCGGCGGCAGUUCAGGCAGCCCAGGCCCAGGCCCAGGCACAACAAGGAGGGCCGGGACAGCCACAGCAGCAACCGCAACAACCACAGCCCCAACCGCCUCAACAGCCACCCCAACAGCAGCCGGGUCAGCCUCAGCAGCCUACUCAACAACAGCAACCACAGGUUCAGCCAGGUCCGGGAGUAAAUGGGCCAGCACAGAACCAGGGGCCUGCUCAGGGCCCUACACAGCAGCCAAAUGCCCAACAGCAGGUCUCCCCUCAAACGCCACAGACCACACAAGCCCAGCAAGCACAACUUGCCCACGCCCAAGUUCAAGCAGCCGCCAAUGUUGCCAACCUCCUGCAGCAAAAGCGUGUAGAUAGCGCAAACUUGAAGGGCCAGUGCUUGCUUAAGCUCAACUCGUUCAAUGAGCAUUUGAAUGGAUUCACGGGUUCCCAGGGUGCAGACGGAUUGAAGUACUGGCAACUCUUUGUCCAGCGGUUCUUCUCCCAGAAAGGCGUCUUCCGCCAGACUUUUAAGAAACGUGAAGAUGAAGCUGCCGAUCCCAAGCCCUACGAGAUCGACGUUGCAGCCUUGCCGCGAUUCUUCAAUGUGCAUUUCGAAAGUGGCGUUUCGAAAAUGCAGCUGGUCAUGCAAGGCACCACAGACAGAUCGUUGCCCCACGACGGCCAUUUCAUUGAGAUCGCCAGGGCAAGUGUCUUCUACUGGUACGAUAAUGGAUCGCAUGUGGUCCAUAAUGGAACCCUCCGGAUCCAGUUCGACAGCGACCAAUUUAUUGAGCUUUUCGACUUUGUCGUUGAGAACCACGAGGAGUACCAUUCGCGACGCGCAAUCAUCGAGGCUGCUCGGCCUUCGCACACCUGGAUCAAGGAGUGGAGAUCCCUGAACCCGCCUGACAGCAAGCAGUCACCAGAGAUGAGCAAAAAGGGCAAGCAGAGGCCGUACAAGAGCCCAGCCACUCCGCCGCCGGAUAUCGAGCUUCCGGACUCUUGCGUCAAAAUUGGGAUGGGGAUUCCAGAAGGCGUGUUUCAGUUCCUGGAGAUGGCCGAUAUCAUGGGUCAAAUGAGCCCCUUAUUCACGUUCUCCCACAAUCAUCCCGGCAUCUCCCCAUAUGCUGCUCUCGAGCAGUUCAUGACCCAGAUCACAGGUCAAGGUCCAGCUGUCAACGGCCAGGCGAUGCCGCAAGGAGUCCCUAGGACUCCAGGAUACAACCAAUUUCCAAUGGGUGCCAGUCCAGCAAUGGCAAACCAGAUGCUUCCUGGGUCUCCUCAUAUAGGUAGCCCGGCUCCUGGCCAAAUGCAGGCGCCUGCCAUGCAGCUUCAAGUCAGCCAGCAAGGCACCAACUCUAGUGGGCCAAGCGCAAAUACUUCGCCUCAGCAGAACAACAAGAAGAGGAGAGCUUCCCAGGCGAAGCUCGAAGAUGAUGGUCCCACCUCAGCCCCGACGCCGGCGACUAUCGGUACACCCCAAAUGCCUCAGAUGAACGGCGUCCAAGUGAAGGCUAAGCACCCUCCAACGCCGAGGAUGCAGAAACGCAUGAAGAACAAUCAAGGAUAGAAGCCGAGACGUCCUUUGAUCGAGCUGUGGACGCCGUCUUGCUCUCCUUUAUACACAAUUAACAGAAAUUCUUCACGGUUGGUGUCUUGGCGUCUUGCUUGGUCUUCUUGACAUGAGCUCGUUCAGACCUCUCGACUUCUUAGACAUCCAGAGCUGGGCAGUCUUUGGGCUCGAUUUUUUCUACUU